UCCUCAACAAAACCUUCAAAAUCGAGUUCGAGUCAAAUUCAAAAGAGUCUGAAUCCAAGCUCUCAUCGAUGGGUUUCUCGAUCGAAAACUUGGUAACUCAAUCCCACACCCGAACUCACAAAAUCUUCCUUAUAAGCAACUAUUUCCUCUUGGGAACAGCUUCCAGCUGCAUCUUCCUCACACUCUCCCUCCGCUUAUUCCCUUCCUUGAGCGGCUUCUUCCUCAUCCUCCUCCACGCCAUCACCAUCGCCGGCGCCAUCACCGGCUGCUCCGUCGCUGUCUCCGGAUCCAACAGGCGUUACGCCGCUCACAUGGUGGUCAUGGUGCUGACGUCGAUAUUCCAAGGAUCCGUUUCGGUUCUCAUCUUGACCCGAACCACUGAUUUCUUGGGGUACCUGAAAUCCUACGUGAAGGAGGACGAUGGGGUCUUGAUAUUGAAGUUGACCGGCGGGCUUUGCGUGGUGGUUUUCUGCUUGGAAUGGAUCGUGUUGGGGCUUGGUUUCGUGUUGAGGUACUACGCUUUCGUCGAAGGUCAUCAAGGGGUCGUUAAUGGCGGAAGAUCGGCGUAUCAAGGGAACGGGAAAGUUCAAGUUUAAAGAAAUAUUACUGCCAAAUUUUCCAGAUUUUCUAAGAGUAUUGUAAAGCUCUGCUUUUGAUUUCAUGUACUUGUAUUGUAAAGCUCUGCUUUUCUAAUAGUAUUGUUCCAGAUUUAUGGUAUAAUAUCUGAAUUACCCCCUCAA